AUGAGCGAAAUCCCUACUGUAAAUCAGCAAACAAUAGAGUGGGGAUUUCAUCAACAGCCUAGAAUACAUAUUGGCAUGCAAACAGUUUACUCGUGCUUUCAUAUCUCUCAAGAUAACUAUAUCGCGAUUACGAAUAAAUCUGUUGUAUUAUUUCAACCAGGCAGAAUACGUGAAACUCUCAACUUAUCGCUCUCUAGUGCAGUAUAUAUACCAGAUCAAGAGAUAAUUAUAGGUAUGAGCGCUGGAAGAAGUCAAUUUUACGUUUUACAUCCAAACGAACUACAAUCAAUUCUUGCUGAAUCAAUUGCAACAGGACAAAUAGGAGUCUUCAAGAUGUAUUAUGCACAGAAAUCGCAUGUUUUGAUAUCAAUUGGUGAAGAUAUUCGAUUUUGGAACUUUUCUGUCGAAGUAAGUACUAAUAAACUUGUUUCAGCAACUGCAAAAUGUGAGUUUACACUUCGUGCUAAGCUUAAUUACAAUUUCAAAGGAAAUUUCCUAAGUGCGCCAACAUUUUCUCCGGAAGAAGAGCUUUUAGCACUUCAAAAAGAAUCUGGAUUUGUUGGUUACAAUGUUGAUGGUGAGCAAGUACGAUUUUUCGCAAAAACUAUCUCACCUGCAAGAAUUUGUACAGAUUAUUUCCCAGAACAAGGCCAUUUCAUGACAGCUGACUGCAUCAAUGGUUUAUGCUUAUGGAACAGAUUCUCUGCUCCUAUAGGAAAAGUUCUAAUUGGUGAUUCGUCCGUUUGCUAUUGUUCAUUUUUAGAUGAUGAGUAUGUCUUACUAAUAACUGAGAGAUUAGAUGUCUAUAUAGUUGAUAUUAUCAUUAAUACUGUUUAUUUUUGCAUGAAUAUUGAAGAAAAACCAUCAUCAAUUUUAUUACACAAAAAUACUUUAUUUUUUGAUAUUUUCUGUAGUAUGCAUAAUGGAAUAGAUCAUUACAUAAUAGAUUUACCAUUCAGAUCAUGGCUAAAGGGCGUAGUUGAUUGUACAGCGAUGAGAUUAGUUCCGAAAAUCGGAAAAGCGCCAAGAUUAAUUGUUGAAACAAAAAACGCUUAUAUAACAUUUAUCACGCCUAAAGGGCCUUACAAAUUAACAACUUCUUCGUCUCCUGAGGCUUUAUCAAUAAAUCAAUGUUAUUAUGAUCGCGGAAUUCUUGGAGAUCCUACAGAUGAUACAGAUAACAUGCUUGUUGCUGAAGGCACUGGAGUUCUUGAUAAUUUUGAGACAAAUUCGAUUCCAUGUAAAGGAAUUGCAUCUUUGAAGGGCCAAUACAUAGCAAUAUGGUUCUUUAAUGCAUCAGAAGGACCAACAUAUGUUGCUGCUUCAAGAUUUGGCGAUAUUAUGUACAUUGAUCGGAAAAAUUUCAAAAUUACAAAAAGAGUUUUGAUAAAUGCUGAUAGAGUUGAAUAUGCAAUCGGUGAAAAUGUAUAUAAUACGUUUAUUAUCUUCUCAAAGACACAAAUUUUCCGAUUCGAUGUAGAUACGGCUACUGUCAUCGAUACAAUUGACAUGAAGAUGCCAAGUAAGGUAGAAAUUAAUGGUGAUAUAAUGUGUAUGGGUUAUCCCGAUGGAUUUUUAACUGUUUUCCAAAUUUUUCAAUCUGGACUUAAAAAGAAAUCAAGAGAUGACGCACAGCAUCACAAAGACCAAAUUACGGGUAUUUCGAUCCGUGAUAAUAUAAUUGCUUCAGUUUCUGACGAUUGUCAUCUUAUGAUUUGGAAUUACAGGCUUGACAUGCUUUGUUCUAUACUUCUUCCUGUUCCUUUAGCUGGUGUAGUGAUAGUCAAUGGAUAUCGUGACGUUAUUGUUGGAACUGGAACGAAUUUGAUGAUUAUUCAUGGAAAUUAUCUCUUUGAUGGCCCUCCAGUACCAGAAGAUACUGUCUUUGAUAGUUACUGCAGACUUGAUGAUGCUUUGUAUGAGAAAUACAUUAAAAAGAAUAUAGAAAUCGAAGAAAUUCCAGUUGUCAUGCAAGAAACGAGAUCUCCAAGAAGAGUAAGGAAGCUAAAGAUCAAUACAUUAAGUUCUAUGCACAGUGAACCAGAAGAAACCGCAAAAGAAGUCAAAAAAUCUGAUCAAAAAGAAGAUGUAGAGAUGACUGAUGAAGAAAAAGCGAUGAUGUUGGCUGAGAUGUCCAAUUUAACCGAAAAUCUCGAUAAUCCUCAGCAAAAACCUCCAAUUAAUAACCAAAUUUCCAAUAAUCAAACAGUAACUCAUCAACCAACAGAAGAAGAGGACAAAAACGAAGAAGACCAAACAGAUGAUGCCCAAAACAAUGCUCAAACACCCCAAAAAGUCCACAAAAAGAAGAAAAUCAUCAAGAAAAAGAGACACAGACAAAGUUCUGAGAUGGAAACAGCGGAAGAAACUCCAGAAGUUCAUGUAUUGGGACAGAGAAAAAGCACAAGAAGACAAAUCUCUAAAACAGCAAGUGGAACAGAGAUAAAUAUCGAUGGUUUGUCUUCAAGACCAGAAAUUAAAAGAAAAACUCAAAAAGUGACACAAAGAAUUCGACAUCCAUCUUCUGUUAGCGAAGAUACGCUUUCUGAGACUAUGUCUGAGACAGAGGAUUCGGUCGCAAGCAAUUCUAUACUUGGAACAAUCGAAGAAGAAAAAGAAAAUUACUUUUGGAAAGAAGGUGAAGUGAAAAAUAAUUCAAACACAAAAAGUGACAAAAAUGAAGUGAAUUCUGAAUCCGAAAUCAGUCAGAACAACGAUUCCAAUACUACACAAACCAAAAGUAGAAGAAAAUCUAAGAAAUCUCCAACAAAAUCGAGUAAAUCUAGUAAAUCAAAGAAAAAUCAAAAAAUUAAAAAAGAAAAGAAGAAAAAAGUGACGAAAAAAGUGAAGAAAAUCAAUAAAGAUGGUGUAGAAGUUGAAGAAGAAGAGGAAGUCUCUGAAUAUAUAUACUAUUCUGAUGAAGAAUCCGAAAAUAACAAAAUUGAUCGAAAUUCAGUUGCUGAUGAUGAAGAAACUAACUCAAAUACAUCAGAAUCUGUCAGAAUAGAAGGAAAUGAACUUCAAAAUCCAAAUUCUUCAAAUAAUUCUGAAAAUAAUUCCAAUAAUUUGGCAAAAUCUAGUUCAAAACAUUUAAAUAACCAUAAACUUGUGCUAAAUCAGAAAGGGGAACUAGGAUUUUACGAUGAAAAUGGAAAAUUUUUGAAAAUUUUACAAGAAUAUAAAGCAUUUAAGAACGAAAAAGGAGAAUAUGGCUUUUAUGAUGCCAGUGGACACUUCAUUAAGUGUCCAGAUGGUAAAUUAGUCCAAAAUGAAAAAGGAGAAAUCGGAUUUUUCGAUGAAAAUGGAAAAUUUGUUAUUUAUAACAUGAAAAAUGGAUUGAUGUACGGUCCAAAAGGGAAACUUGGUAUUUUGGAUGCGAAUGGAAACUUUGUUGAGUCAAAAGAUUCAAAAAUUGUUUUGAAUGAAAAAGGAGAAAAAGGAAUUUACGAUCAGAACGGAAAUUUCGUUUUACUGAAUGGUCCUAAGCACAAACCUGGUGAUAUUGGCUUCUACGACGUCAAAGGAAACUUUACAAAAAUGCCUGAAGGAAAACUUGUUGCCGGAAAUGACGGAGAGAUGGGAUUUCUCGAUGACCAAGGCAAUUUCGUGAAGAUUCCUCAAGGAGGACUUCAAGUUGGAAAGAAUGGCGAAAUGGGAUAUUUUGAUGAUACAGGAAAGUUCGUGAAACUGCGAACAAACUCACAGAGGAAAGGGAUUGUUGAUAAGGAUGGUAAUUUUGUCCCAUUUUUGGCAAUUUCAGACAAUCAAAAUAAUAAUUCCGAAAAAACUCAAGUUCCAAUGCCCAGAGUCAAAUCAGAAGGCGGCAUAAGGAACAAAUAUGAGAAAGACACCGUUAAAGACGGAUUAGUCAAAGGUCCAAACGGAGAUUACGGAAUUAUCGAUGAAAAUGGGAAUUUCAUUGCAAGUUCUGAAGGAAAAAUCGUUUUGAAUGAUUCUGGAGAACGAGGAAUCAUCGAUUCCAAUGGAGUUUUCCAUAAAUUACCUCAAGGAAAAGGUCCUUUUGUAAAUGAAAAAGGUGAAGUAGGUUUUUACGAUAAAAACGGUUAUUUCGUAACUCUUGAUCAUGGAAAACUUUCCAUUGGACCUAAUGGUGUUUUAGGAACAUAUGAUGAAAACGGAAUCUUUAUUGAAUGUCCAGAUGUCAAGUUAAUUGUUCUUGAUAACGGAGCAAAAGGAUAUUAUGAUUCCAAAGGAAAUUUCAUCAUUUUAGUUCAUGCCACAAAUAAAAUUCCAUGUGAAGGAUAUUCUUCACAACAUAGAUCCCAAUCCACAACAACGUAUCAUAGGAAAUCAUAUAGAUUUUCCAGUACAAGUCGCAGUAAAUCUCCUCAAAGAAUUUAUUGGACACCUGACGUAAUUCCUCCAAAUAUUGUUUUGGACAGAAAUGUCGCAAUUCAAAGGUUUUUGGAUGGUGAUUUGAGAUUCCUUCAAUGUAUAAAGAAUUUCCAAGUUAUGGAUGGCAGAUUGAACUUGAAUAUUUUCGAGUACAUUGAAACGCAAAGACUCAAAACAGUUCCACAAUCUGGAUUCUUUAAUUUCGAAAAUUCUGUUCCGCAAAGAAAAAUUUCACCAAAAAUUCCUUAUUCUGCAGAUUCUUUUUCAACUCCUCGUAGUGAAAACUAUAAGAGGAUAAUGACAGCCAACUACAGAUAUAAUAACACAGAAGAAGUAGAUGGCUUCUAUUCGCCUAGAGAACCAUAUUAUGACAGGAUUUCUUCUGUUCCUUGUUCUCCAAGAGCAAGAGAAAGUCCUGUUUCAACUCCAAAGACUCCUGGGGUUUUCACUCCAAGAGCAAGAAGAAACUCUGGCAGGAUUGUUAUUCCUUUCAAUGGAACAACACCUGUCAGUCAGCUUUUCCCUUCAUCAUCUUACUCUCCACUUAUUGUGAAGAGAUUUGUAAGAAUUCCAAAAUUAUAA